AUGUCGAUGUUGCAGCAGGUCCAGAGCCACCCACACAACCAUGGGUUCCCCAUGAUGUUGCAAUCCAACGGACAGCGAUUCUACCAGCCCUCCAUGAAAAUGUUCCAGGCACUGCAACAGACUCAAGGCUCCCAACUCUACCAUGCCACUAUUGCAUGCAGCAAGCGCUUCUCCGAGGAGGAAAAGCAGAAGCUCGAGAAGGUCUUUACAGACGAGACCCAGAAGCCAAGCACUAGCCGAAAACGCCAACUGGCGGAGGAACUGGGUUGUCCUGUCCCAAAAGUCAACAACUGGUUCCAAAAUCGGAGAGCCAGAGAGAAACAGGUGCACAGGGUUCAAGCCUUGAGCAACCGGAGCCAGCCUCUACAGCCCUCGUCGGCCCCGUUCUCUGACACCGAUGACCUCCCGGAGCAGCAUAUUCCAUCUCCCAACUCCGCGAGGGGCCAGGAAAGCGAGGAUUGCGCCACCGACUCAUCCGCCCCGAGUCCCGUCGCAGGUUACGGUGCAUCACGAGAGGACGAUGCCAGCAGAGAUUUAGCCGGCGACAGCCACACCACCACCUCACAGCCUCAGCCCUUGCCGCCGAAUCAGAUAGAUACCUUCUCUAACACUAGUGUCCCUCUGAUCGCAGCGAGUUUUGAGAACCAUGCUGGUAACUUCUCGUCCUCCCCUGAUGCAUACACGGAUGCGCAGGAUCAGAUGUCUUUCCAGUCGCUUAAUGGCCAAUUCGCACCGGAUUUCUCUUCUGCAGAAAUGCAUGGCCUGCCAAUUUUCUCAUCAGGCAUCGAGCGAUCGGACUCCUUCGCCUCGUCAGUAUCGAUCUUGACCCCGAGCACUGCGACAUUCAGCACUGGCAUGGCGAGCCACGACCACACUGGAGACCAAUCGGGCACAGGAGAGUCGGACUUCUCCAGUGUGGAGACGUUGUCCCCAGACAUGACCUCUGGAACCUCGCCAGCUCUCGAACAAUCGGACUCGGCCGCUGAUACUACGUUUACGCAUCCAAGCAUUGCGUCGCGGAGGAAGACCCGGCCGCCGCAGCGGUUGAACCAAACGGCCCUGCGCAACUAUCCCAACGGACCAAAAACAGGAGUCGAGGGCUCCAAGCGAUCUGACAUGUACGGAUCGAUGAGGAGAGCUGCGUCGGCCAACGGGCCACUAUCUGGCAAGAUUUUCAAAUCCGGUCCUCCUGUCUCACCUCUAUCCCCUCGAUCUUUCGACCCGAAUUUCCUCGAGCAAUUCGCCAGGAACUCGUCAUUGACUGUCGCAUCGAAUACUUUCAAGGACGGAUCUGACGGGUCCCCGGUCGGGUCGACUUUUGAGACGCAGUAUCUAUCAGCAGAUGCUCCUCGUUUCAACUUCCAGAGAUCUUCGGUUUCGAUGAAUGGCCUCAGGGAAAACGCAGCAGUCUCACCGAGCACGCCUGACUUUAUGCGGGAUAUGGCGUAUUCUGGUGUCCAGAAGCAGGGCUUCCAGUCCUUUCACCACCCCACCUUCACACUGGACACUGGCUACGGGAAUACUUCCUCAUCGGACGAGGCACUGGCCACUCCCAGUUUGUCUCAAUUCGGGUCCGAGGUUGAAUUUCCUACCUCGCUCUGUGCGCCGAGAUACGUCGAAAGCGAACCGGCAACUCCUGCUGCCGUACAAUCGCAGGCAUUCCCAGCUUUCAAAUUCGAUUCGCCGCCACGAGGAGACAUCUAUCCUUGGUCAAGGUCGCCUGACCAAAUCCCAAUGUGGAAGGGAUCCAUCGCGCAGCUCAGCGAGCCUCAGUCACACAACUUCCAAUUCCAGCCGAACAUCACUCCACAAAACUUCCAAUCCCCCGGGCAGGGUUGA